UCCCCUUUUGGUCCUCUCACCCUGACAGCGUAACAAUGCUGAGCCUCGCUCUCAUCACGGCGCCCGGCCUCGCGCUGGUGGCUCGCGCCCCGGCGCCGGCGCUCUCCGCCGUCCGCGCGCCAAAUCUUGCGAUGCAGCUGGCCACGCCGCCCGAGGGCUACGACGGUGCCGUCGCGGCGGGGAUCAAAAAGGCAAACAUGGAUGCGGGCAAGAUCUUUGGGCUGGGCCUCAUGUCGGGCGCGCACAUCGGCUUUGGCGCCUUCCUCAUGCUCACCGUCGGUGGCCAGUGCCCCGGCCUCGCCGCCACCAACCCCGGCCUGCAGAAGAUUGUCGCGGGCGCGUUUGGCCUCCCGUUCGGUCUGAUGAUGACGCUGGUGACGGGGGCGGAGCUCUUCA